UGUUCUCCAAAUGGCACGUAUGAAGCAAGUUCAAAGAAAACCUAAUCACCUUGCACCUAAAGGAGAUACAAUUGUUAAUAUUUCUAAAACUUUUAAAGCCUUACAUAAGCUUCAACUGCAGUCUAAGCUAACUGGAGGGAUAAAAGAACCACGGAAUUGGAGACCGAGCUCAAGUGCUCUCUUGGAAAUCAGGAGGUACCAGAGAACAACCAACUUGCUGAUCCCAAAACUUUCUUUUCAGAGGAUUGUUAAAUCUCUCACGAAUGAACGGUUUGAGGGAAUAAGAUUUCAGACAUCGGCAUUACAUGCUUUACAGGAGGCUUGUGAAGAUUUUAUUGUCAACGUUUUGGCGGACACGAACCUCUGCGCCUUGCAUGGGAAAAGAGUCACAAUUUUACCCAAAGAUAUGCAGCUAGCACUUAGAAUAAGAGGAAAAAGGGACUAUAUUCUCGAUUUUAAAGAAGAAUGAAAACUUUUAUAUUGCGUUUGCUUGAAAAAAUUAUCUAAGUAGAACUGCGACCCCGGAGACCUAUAUUUACAUGAAUAUAUAUAUAAUUUUAGAACCGAUAUUUCAAAAUGUACCAUAAAGUCUGCUGAUACUUUAUCAACUGGAUUUAUAAAAUUU